CGCGGACCAGAUUCUGCGCCAAUGGUGGCCAAGCUUCUCCCCUUUCAGCAAAUUACAUGUCUAAGGCAUUGACCCGAAUGAGCUUUUCUAGGUACUUGGAAGAGCUAUGAAAUGGCAUGGCUUUCGAAUUGCCCAUGUUCUUGCUACGAUAAGCUACACAAUAGGCGACACGAGACCGGGUGGCCUGAGCUGUAAAGGACUGUCGCCAAUUAGCGCUUACGCAUUCAGCCCGUAUUUAUAUAUUGCGGUCUGAUCCGCUGACUACAACCGGCUAUACGAACGCCCUCAUCACAUAAACGCGACCGCGUUAUCUUCUGCAACCGCGCCGCCCAACCGCGCUAGCUCACGUCCCCGUCGACCUCCUAGGACUUUCUCAACCACAACGGAUAUCCUACACAAUGUCCAAAUCAACGCGCAAAGUGCCCGUCGAGGUCCUGCACCUCUCCAUGCCGCGAACAGGCUCGGUAUCCAUGAUGGCAGCGUACAAUAUCCUUGGCUUGACCACCUACCACGGAUUUGACUACAUCGCGCGACCGCACGACCAUAUCGAGUGGGAGAAGGCCAUCGACGCCAAGUUCUUCGGGAAAGGCAAGAAGUUCACGAGAGAAGACUUUGAUCGAGAAGAUUUUCUGGGGACGUUCCAGGUGUUGAGCGACUUUCCAGUGCAGGGCUUCGCGGAGGAGUUUCUAGAGAUGUAUCCCGAGGCCAAGGUCGUGUUGGUGGAGCGCGACAUGGACAAAUGGUACCACAGCUUCGACACCCAAGUCAUCCCUGCCCUCUACACCUGGAAAACACAGACCCUGAUCAACUUCUUGGAACCCUACUUCAUGAAAGCCCAUCCUGCGACGACCAUGAUGAAGCUGCAGUACUCCUUGUUCAACUGCCACGAUCAGGCAAGCUUCAGUGCGAAUACGCGGGAGACGUACCGGAGGCAUUACGACAUGGUCAAGAGCAAGGUCCCGAAGGAACGACUGCUGGUAUACGAGCUCGGCAGCGGAUGGGAGCCGCUGUGCAAGUUCCUUGGCAAGCCUAUUCCGGAUGAGCCCUUUCCCUUCAAGAAUGAGAGCAAGGAAUUCGAAAUCUGGAUGCGCAAAAUCCAAACCAAAGUUCUUCUGAGUGGGAUCAGGGAAGCAGCGAGGUUCAUGGUAAUUCCGGCGGGCAUCGCGCUGGCGGCAUGGGGAUUACAAAAGUCAGGAUGGUUGGCCUGACAGCGGAGCAAGAAUACGGAGGUGGGCACCCAGCAGCACUCCGCAAAAUCUACCCAAAUUAUGUGAGGCGUGCGUGACGCUUCUAUGCUCCAGUGUCUGCCGCGCUGAGGACAAUUAGUGGUGUGAAGCAUCGUGAGAUGCAAAAAGCUGACCUUCAGCAAGUCGCCCCUAUAUUAUAAGACGAGACACAUUAACAAAUAGCCAGACGUCUACACUCUUUCUACAUAUUAG